AAACGCAUUUCUGCACGCGGAGUAUGCAAAACCUUCCAAUGCUGAAUUCUCUCUGCAGACAUUUAACAUUUAUGGCAUGAGCGGAGACGGCAACACUGAAGCAGACGGACGAUUGCUCAGAGGGACGGACUGAGACAACCUCAUCAGUUUGCUGAUGUGUGGCCAGAGCUGGCUGGCUGUCCGCUGACCCUACUGUUCACACCAGUGCUGAUCCCAAGGAGUUGGGCUGAUUAAUGGGCUGGCUGUUUAUCAACUAUUUUUGGGCGGCACAGGGAUGGGCCAGUCAUCAUAAAGAAGAUAUUAUUCAUUAGGAGGACAGGAGAUUUGACGCCCUCUUCGUUGCUGCACACAUUAAAUUCGCCAACUCUGCCUCUGAUUAGCUUAGCCUGACGAUGACGUAAUUCCCUAGCCGUGAUGGUAAUCCAAUCAGAGACAGAGGAGGGCGGGUCACUCCUUCGCCUUUAGUAGGAUUUGCACCACCAGUCAGACGAUCCCGGAACUGUACGAGUCACGCUGCUGUUUUGAACAACAAAACAGUAAUUUGGGUAACGCGUGUGGAGCAAGGAGGGUGAGUGCCAUGGAGCGAGUCAUGGGGGGAGGAGUGCUUCCGCUGAUGUUAGCAAGUGCGGGGAUCUUGCUGCUUUAUCGGAUACUUGUUCGCCUCAGACCAGGAGCUGCUCUGCAGGAUGCUGUGGUGGUCAUCACAGGGGCCAGCUCUGGACUGGGAAAAGAGUGUGCACAGGUCUUCCACGCUGCAGGUGCACGACUCGUGCUGUGUGGACGCGAUGCAGCCCGCCUGCAGCAGGUGGUCCAGGAGCUUACAGCAAGUUCAACAGGCUCACAGCAGCAGACUUACACUCCCAGCACGGUUAUCUUUGACCUGGCGAGCACGGACACAGUGGACAGAGCUGCAGAGGAGAUCCUGAAAUGUUAUGGGCGAGUGGAUGUCCUCAUUAAUAAUGCUGGAAUCAGUUAUCGUGGCAGCAUACUGGACACCCACCUCUCAGUACAGCGGGAUGUUAUGGAGACAAAUUACUUUGGGCCCAUUGCUCUUACUCAAGCUCUUUUGCCCUACAUGGUUCGCCGGCGCAGUGGCCACAUUGUUGUCAUUAGCAGCGUCCAGGGCAAGAUAGCCAUUCCUUACAGAUCAGCUUAUGCAGCCUCUAAGCACGCCACCCAGGCCUACUUUGACUGCUUACGGGCCGAGAUCGAGCGCUACGGGAUUCCAGUGACCGUGAUCAGUCCUGGAUACAUCCGAACCAACUUGUCGGUCAACGCCGUCACUGGGGACGGCUCCAAGCAUGGAGUUUUGGAUCAAACCACUGCAAUGGGUCGUGACCCCAGGGAUGUGGCUCAGGCGGUUCUGAAGGCUGUCCGUCAGAGGAGCAAAGAUGUUGUUUUAGCAGGACCCAUGCCCAAUCUGGCCAUCUACCUCCGCACACUGUGGCCGGCGCUCUUCUUCAAACUCAUGUCCUCUCGCGCUCGCAAGGAGCAGAAACCUAAAGAGGAGUGACGCAGCAGCAGGUGAGCAGCAAGAGGCUCACAUUACAGGCACACAGACCAAAACAAGAAACUGAGUCACAUGAAGGCCAAAGGGGACAGGAUGUGGACAUAUGCAGCUCUUUGCCAUAAUAUGUUUGUUUGCACUGUUAACUAAUGUAGCAUCUAAAACAAACCACAAAUCUGUGUAGCAACAGGACUUUAUGGUGAGUGGUUUUAUUGUAUUGACUUAAAUCUGCGGUUGACCAGGUUAGUAAGACAGUGUUGUUCAGCUAUUGCUGUAAUUGACUUUUCAUUAGACUAAAGCUGUGCUGUAAAGAGCAGGAUAUGCUGUUUUUUAAAUUGACUUAUUGGAUUUGGUUUACAAAUUAAAUGUUCAAACUGUUUUCCUUA